GCCGCCGCGCCCUUCUCCGGGCGUCUCGAUUCCCUUCUUUGCGGCCCCGCCCAGGCGGCUGCCCGUGACCUGCCUGGGCGCAGGGAACGGGAAGUCGGAAGGGGUGAGAGGAGUCCAGUUCGUCAUGGGGCUGUUCGGGAAGACCCAGGAGAAGCCUCCCAAGGAGCUGGUCAAUGAAUGGUCAUUGAAGAUCAGAAAGGAAAUGAGAGUUGUUGACAGGCAAAUAAGAGAUAUCCAAAGAGAAGAGGAGAAAGUAAAACGGUCUGUGAAAGAUGCAGCCAAGAAGGGCCAAAAGGAUGUCUGUGUGGUUCUGGCCAAGGAGAUGAUCAGGUCAAGGAAGGCCGUGAGCAAGCUCUAUGCAUCCAAAGCACACAUGAACUCUGUGCUCAUGGGGAUGAAGAACCAGCUUGCGGUCCUAAGAGUAGCUGGUUCCCUGCAAAAGAGCACAGAAGUGAUGAAGGCCAUGCAGAGUCUGGUGAAGAUCCCAGAAAUCCAGGCCACCAUGCGGGAGCUGUCCAAAGAGAUGAUGAAGGCUGGAAUCAUAGAGGAGAUGUUAGAGGAUACAUUUGAAAGCAUGGAUGAUCAGGAAGAAAUGGAAGAGGCAGCAGAAAUGGAGAUCGACAGAAUCCUCUUUGAAAUCACAGCAGGAGCCUUGGGCAAAGCACCCAGUAAAGUAACUGACGCCCUUCCUGAGCCUGAGCCUUCAGGAGCAACGGCUGCCACAGAAGAGGGAGAGGAUGAGGAGGAUGAAGAGGACUUGGAGGCCAUGCAGUCCCGACUGGCCACGCUCCGAAGCUAGGGCCACCCAGCUGGGGCCUCAUCUCUGGUGCCCUCCUCUAGUGUGGGCACAGCCUCUGAGGGGUCAUCCUUUCCUGCCUCUCUUGCACUACACCUCUGUUGUGAAGCAUUGCAUUUUGGAGAGGGUUCUAUGCUAGUGUAUCUUCACUGUCUGCAGAGGUUUUAAGGAUUGUUUUUAUGAAGGUGGUGUGAUCAAAUGCAUCAUUUUCAAGAGCAUAAAUAGCAGAAGUAUCUUUCUUUGGGGAGGGUGAAGAAACCCAUUUUCUCAUGAAGCAAUUAUGAGAAGAGUCAAUUGAAUGUUGACUCUCUACUACUGGUGUGUAUGUGUAAAAUACUGCAUAAGUGGAUGUCAAUAAACUUCUACUUUAGCUCUUGGUCUCACUGUAAAUGUCACAUGCAAUGAACUCAAGGUGUUGAUCUCCCAAAUGUUUCAGUGUUGGCCCUAGAAAGAGGAAGUGCCAUCACCAGGCAUCGGAACAUGGGAGCUCAGCAGAAGUGCCUUCUGCCCAGGAGCUGCUGGUCCUCAUCUUCACAGACAGGGUUUGGGGACUACUCUCAUGUGGUUGUCAUGUUUAGCCAAUGGAUGUUGGUAAUGCGCUGUGUUGGCCAGAUGACAUAUCGUGCAUUGGGGUAUACAUGGCUAUCUUUACAGCUGUUAGUCAUUCUUCCGAAUGGCGAGCGAGUGUCAUGCAGAAUAGACAACUCUGGGAUCAGGCCUCUUACACCCCAUUCUUGCUUGGAGCCAAGUGUCUUGUGCACAGGGACAUAGCCUAACCAUGAACAAGAGCUAACUAGCUAGCAGCUUUGUUUAUGCAUUGAAACAUACACACUAGGACAUGCUUGAGAUGCCCUGAGAAAUAACCUGGCAGUUGCACUUUGCGACAGUUUGAAAAACUCUUUGGCUUGCAUGAUCUCAUGCAGUCUUCACAAAUGAGACAGCAGUUUGCUGAAGUCACAAACACUAAUGCACAACAGCCUGUAUCUGCCAUUGUUUGCUACCCUGAAACAACCCUAUGUGCUGUUCAUCCCGUCUGAUCCUGUGGCAUCCACUGGGUCAAUCUACUGUUUCUAAGGGUUUUCCUUUUCCAGCCUUUCAGACUAUCUUCCCUCGUGUGGUAAUAGGCAUUUAAGUUUCCUCUGUGUGGGUUCAUGACUUGUUUAGCUCUCCUCGUUGAGCAGCAUUAUAGGCUAGAUGUACCAUAACUUGUCCUGAAGGGCAUGUGGACUGUCUGUCAGUCUGGGGAUUACUACAACCUGAAGUAGUGCGUCCCUGUGUGUGCAUCUGCUUCCUAUGGGCACCAGGGAGCUCAACCAUGGGAUCAUGUGGUCAGCACAUACUUGGCGCUUGCAUAGCGCACUCUCUACCUCCUAGGAGGAAGUUCUGCCAUUCUGCAUCCUUGGCAGCAUUUGUCAUGAGGGAUUUCUGUUAUGUUGGUAUUUUGUCAAUUUGUAAUCCCUGAUGAAGUAUGCUGGGCAUCUGUUUUUAUACUUGCCUUCUCUGUUAUUCUGUUUGAAAAUGCUGAAAUAGUGGCCUUGAACUCAUGACCUCUCUGCUCUACCACCAUGCCCAGCUUGCCACCUGUAUUUACUUACUGUUGGUGUUUGUUCAUUUUAUAAACGGAUUGUUUUCUGAUUAAUUCGAUUUUAAGGUCCUCUUACAUAUUUUGGACCAGUUGUCUAUCAGAUUUUAUCCUAUUCUCUGGUCUGUUCUCUCAUUGAGUUGCUCAAAGCUCAAGUUUUUUACUUUUAAUAAAACCCUGCUUCUCAAUUAUUUUUGUA